AUGAGCGGAGACUCUUCUCCGUCUAAUUCCAACAUAACACGCAGUAAUAAUAAUAAUAAUAAUAAUAGAACUGGCACAGAUAUUAGCAACCUCCAUACCAACAUUGAAGUUAGUAAUAGUAAUAAGGAUAAGAGCAAUGAUCUCGUCAUUAACGUAAGUAAUGGUAAUAAGGAUAAGAGCACUGAUCUAGUCAUUAAUGUAGGGAGUCCCAACAAUAAUAUUAGCAGCGGUUUUAACAACAGUAGUAUUACGGACAUUAGCAAUCACAGCAUUCACAGUAGCAGGGAAUAUGCAGGUGAUAUUGCCUUAAAUAGUAAUGAUAAUGGGGUGAAUAAUAUCGAAUCCAGCGGUAGUUCUUACAAUCAUCAUAGUAAUAAGAACGCUGUAUUAAUAUCGGAAACCAAUCCCAAUAGAAUAAGGUUCUUAUCUAGUAACUCCAAGAUUAGAAACGCCAUUUACCAGUGCAGAGUUUAUACUGGUUCAGAUGUCUACAUUUAUAUCGGAGCUUCAUCAUCGAAAUUGGCUGUUAGAAUAUCGAAUCAUUUUUCCACGUUUCGUGAUAAGGAAAAGCAACACGCUACGGGACUAAAUUUUGACCUUGAAUUAUCUCAACGGACUUUCUCGUCGGCUUUCACCCAGCCUGGCGCCAACGCAUAUUGA